AUGUGUGGUGCUGACGAUGACGCAGGCACGCAAGAGGACCAAGAUAAAGAUGACCUGAAAGCGUAUCAAAAAGCCAUGGAGGACUUGGUCCAAUCGUGGAUGGAUCGACUCCAGCUUAUUUCCGUUAUUGUGAGAUUCGUUCAUAACUUUGGUUCAUGGACGACCUUUUUCGCCUCGAUGGAAGCAGGUCUUUUACAAGUCACUGCUCCCGAUCCGGAUAACAACUCGACGCGUUUGGAAGAAGCCUCCAACGCAGGUCUCAUUGGUGCUCUCGUCGUGCACGUCAAUGCGGCCAUUCUUUCGUUCCUGGCGGCUUUCUUCCUGAUCAGAUAUAAGGUCAAACAAGCGGGGAAACAGGAACUAAAAGCUCAGGCUGCCGCCAUGGCCGGUACAGCUCCUUCAGAGGUGAGGAAACCCUCCAAAAACGAAUUUCGAGCGUUGGCGGCGGACAUGAAUGGGCAUGUGGUCGACGUCGACCAGACAGCCGAGCAAGGAGAACUCCCGCCCGUCGGGCUGGGUAAUGGCGACCCACCUGCAACAAAGACCAUCUCUUUUGAAGACCCCAUUCACGGAGACACGAAAUCCUUCCUCCCCUCACAAAGCCGCCACUCCACCGAAUCCUCUCCAGAACCUCCCAUCCUCUCCACGAAUCCCGAACUCGUCCAAGUCGGUCCAUUCCGUAGGAACGCGCCCAUCCAUAUCCUUGGGCGGUUUCAUUCAUUAUGUAUCCAGCUAUCGUUCAUCGGGUUCGCCCUCGCACUUAUGGGGAUUAUAUGUUUUGCGUGGGCUAAGCAUCCCUUGAGCGUCAGCAUAUUUGUCACAAUUGCGAUGGGUGCUUCGUUGCUGUCUGGAGCGGCAAUUUUUGUUUGGCCGUAA